AUGUCCUCGUUCAAUAUAACUAUAUCAUCUGAUAUUCCAAAUGAAAUAGAUACAAUCAAUUCGUUAAUUAUUUUACUUGCACGUUAUGUUCUACCUAUAAUCAUUGUCAUUAGUAUUCUUGGCAAUACGAUGAAUAUAUAUGUAUUUACACGACCAACUUUACGAAAAAAUCCCUGUUGCUUGUACUUUCUAUCAUCAUCUAUAAUUGCACUUAUUUAUGAGAUAAUCGAUCUACCAAUACGAAGUCUUCAAUUUGGAUAUGCAAUUGAUAUAGCUCAAUGUUUACUAUUUGGAUCAAUAACAACUUUAUAUGCUAGUAGCCAAUGGUAUAUAACAUUAACACCGAAACAAACUAGAGAUAGUCUUCAAGCUGCAAAAGAGACUUUAUUUUACACGACCACUGGAUAUAUUGGAGCGGCAGGUUUUGCUUCAACAUUCUUCUUAUUUACUUUAACAAGUCCAUUGUUUCGAAAACACUUAUUUCACCGACAUAACUAG